AUGAAGGUUCAUCCGGUGCCGAUCACUCUGCAAUACGAUAUAGCAUCGGCUCUCUCUCAGGUGAACGUCUGCGGGCAAAGAAAGCUCCGGCGACUACCCCACAUCUUCGCCAAGGUGUUGGAGCUGCCUUUCCACUCAGACGCCGACGUUUUGAUCGACGAAACCCCCGAUUCCCUUAGAUUCAUCGUCGCCGCCGGUGGAAUCACAGGUGAUGUUGGGGCACAUGCUAUUGAGAUUUACCCUGGGGUUACCAAGAUUGUUAUCCGGGUAAACGACGUUGUUGACUUGUCUGGAAAUGAAUUGGAGAUGGAUAUGUGGCGGUUUCGGCUCCCGGAUUCGACAUGGCCGGAAUUGGCAACUGCCGUUUACCACCAAGGGGAGUUGGUUGUAACAGUGCCAAAAGGCGGUGCUGAAGAAGAUGGAGGCGCUGAAGGUGGUGAUGGUGGGGAUCUUGGAGAAGAGCUAUGGACUAUGAAGCCGAUAGUUUCUUUGCAGUAG